AUGCGCCGAACCACUCUGUUUCACAUCACAUCCACCGUGGUAGCAGCGCAGUCUGCCGAUCUCGCCAGCCAUGUCCUAACAGACACCGGCUCCGUGGGAGGCGGCAACACCUUCCCGGGCGUCUCCCGCCCCCUGGGCAUGGUGAAACUCGGCCCGGACCUCGAAAACGGCGUCGACGCCUACUCGGGCUACCUCCCCGCCGGCAACUUCACCGGCUUCUCCAUGCUCCACGAGUCCGGCACCGGCGGGGCGCCCAAGUACGGCGUCGUCAAUCAGAUGCCCGUCAUCGGUGUCCUGGACAACCCUUUGAGGGUGGACCAGAGCACGGAUACCCGGGCCGCGCCGGAUGAGACGGAGCUCGGGUAUUACAGGGCGUUUCUUGGGUCCGGGGUCGUGGUGGAGUUGGGGGCUUCGGACAGGGCUGGGAUGUAUGGAUACACUUUUCCUGGGAACAAUGGUAGCAGCAACAACAUCAUCGUGGACGUCUCGCAUGUUCUGCCGUCGUAUAGAGGACAAGGUCUCGGGCAGAACUACCUCGGCGGAGGGAUUGAGGUUUUUGAUAGCAGUGAUGGGUUUCGUUACGAAGGAUACGGGUACUACGAUAACGGCUGGAACCGCGCCGCCGAGUGGAGAGUCUUCUUCUGCGGCUACUUUGACCAGCAUCCCUCAUCCUUCAAAACCUUCCUCGGCACCGACCUCACAUCAAACGUCCUCGCCGAGUACGGCAACGAGACAACCUCCUACGAGUCUCGAACGCAGCGCCUAGGCGCCGUCUUCACCUUUGCCGACUCUGUCAUCACGUCCCGCGUCGGCGUCUCCUUCAUAUCAACCGCCCAAGCAUGCCGCAAUGUCGACGCCGAGAUCCCUGCCGGAACCAGUCUCUCGACCGUCAGGACAGCAACCCGCGAGGCGUGGACUACCCAAGUCCUCUCCAAGGUGACCACAACAGAGACCAACACGACAAAGCUGGACCAGCUGUACACGGCCCUCUACUUUAUGAACCUCCUUCCCACCAACAAGACGGGCGAGAACCCGCUCUGGGAAUCCUCCGAGCCAUACUACGACGACAUCUUUACCUUUUGGGAUACAUUCCGCUGCACCACAUCCCUCCUCCAAAUCCUCCAACCCCAAGCCCACGAAGAAUUCAUCCGCUCCACAAUCGACAUCUGGCGCAACACAGGCUUCGCCUCCGACGCCCGCUCCUCCUUCUUCAACGGCGCCGUCCAAGGCGGCUCCAACGCAGACAACGUCCUCGCAGACGCCUACGUAAAGGGAGUCCGCGGCGCCGUCGACUGGACAGCCGGCCUCGCCGCCAUGCUCACAAACGGCGAGACCACCCCGCCUCCCAACAACGACCCGCGCGACCCUUCCUCCUCCACCAAGGAAGGCCGCGGCGCUUUGCCAGACUGGCUUGAUCUCGGCUUCAUCUCCCCUACAUACGCCCGAGCCGUCACGAGAGCGGUAGAAUACGCCGUCAACGACUUUGCCAUAUCCCAAGUCGCGAGGGGCCUAGGCCAAGACGACACGGCAAACACAUAUCUCGCCCGCUCCCGCAACUGGCGCAACCACUGGAACGUAAACAUGACGGCCCACAACUUCACAGGCUUUCUCGGGCCCCGAAACGCCAACGGGAGCUUCCCAACGCCCACCCAAGACCCCCUCGACUGCGGCGGCUGCUACUGGGCGGAAGCAUACUACCAAGCCACGCCGUGGGAAUACACCUUCAACGCGCACCACGACGCAUCCCACCUCGUCGCCCUCGCCGGCGGCCCCGAACUCUACGCCGCGCGCCUAGAAAAGACGAUUGAACCGGGGAGCUACGCGGGCAACGCCGCCUUUGGCAACACAAUCUUCAACCCGGGCAACGAGCCCUCCUUCGGCACGCCGUACCUCUUCAACUUUGUCAACAAGCAGCACCUCUCCGUGCGCCACGCCCGCUUCGUCGCAAAGGCGUAUUACAAGCCCGCGCCGGACGGGUUACCCGGGAACUCGGACGCGGGCGCAAUGGAGUCCUGGCUGCUGUGGAACAUGAUUGGGCUAUACCCGUUGACGGGGCAGACGACGUUCCUCAUCGGAUCGCCGUGGUUUUCUGACCUGACUAUUGCGCUCGGUGGCGGGCGUGAGUUGAAGAUUACAACGACGGGCGGGUCGGAGGAUGUGUACUACGUCCAGAGGCUGAGGGUGAACGGCGCAGAGUGGGAUAAGACAUGGGUGACGUGGGAUGAUGUAUUUACCGGGGGCGGAACGCUGGAGUUCGAGCUGGGGCCGGAGCCAGUGGAGUGGGCUACGGGAGAGCUGCCGCCGAGCCCUGCGAGCGGUGACGAAGGUGGUCAGAAGGGGGGAGAGGUCGCGGCGCUGAGGCAGCAGCCGCAGCGUAGGUGGCGCCAGGAGGAGUCGGAUGAACAACAGGUCCUCUAG